GCGAAGGGGCGAAUUUUGGCAACCGAUAAUUUUUGCAACAUAUUAGAGUCGGGCGGACAAAGUGGUCCACAGCGAUUGAUUGACCGGGCCGCAGUCUCGAUCGAUCGUUGGUGUCGUGCGGAGUUCUAGUGUGUCUCCCGAAUCUUUGUACCACACUUCGCUGAACAAAAUGGUCUCAUCUGGCGUUUGUCUACUGGUACUGGCGAGCAUCCAGCUUGCGCUGACGGCACCAACCCGACGACGGCAGGACUCGGCAUCGGGAGGAUGCCCACGCGGCGCACCGGACUUGGACGACUGCGUCGGCACCUCAAUCCAACAGUUUGUCAAUUUCAUGGCCAGCGGCAAGCUUUCGCCAAAGGUAGCGAUCACGCCGUUUGAUCCGCUACUGCUCCCGAACAUGACUAUCAGUCAAGAAACCAAGGGUUUGACCGCCGUCUACGUGAACCGAUAUCUGAUCGGUCUGAAGAACAGCUUCGUCCACGAUACCAGUGUCAACCUGGGCAAGCGGGAGUUCAGCUUAACCUUACUUAUGCCGGCGUUGGAGCUUCUUGGCAUGUACUCUGCUGAAUCGUUCGAAGAUCAUUCCGACACGGAAAACUCCAUACUGACGAUCUCGAUUAGAAGCUCAACGGCCAAGUUCCGCGUUCUGGGCGAUCUCUACAAAGCCCCGUCGGGAGUGCAACACCUGCGGCUCAACGUGACCGACGUGCAGCUCGCCCUGGGUCACUACAUGAUCAACGAUCUGGACCACAGUACGCACAUCCCGCGGGCAAACCGGCACUUUAACGCCCUGCCCCGGCUGGAGUUUGUCCGGUUGAUCGAGGCCGACCUGCGGACACAGCUGGGCGCCCGGUUGCAGCACAUCGCCAACGAAGUGUUAGCGUUAGCCCCGUACGAAAAGUUCUUCCUGUGUGAUCACCAAGCGUUGACGCUUGGUUGCAUGGUAAUAAAUGGCGCCUAAGAAAACUCUGAAAACGACGACGCCG